AGAUUAGUUUUGUAAAGUAAGCAAAAGCAGUCGCCAGCAGUAUCUAUCUUCUAUUUAUGGCCUCACCCCCCCGGCCCCCCUUCCCAGACUGACGUCAGCAGAAAGUUAUUUUCAUGAAUGGAGGGGGCGGUCACGAGGAAUCGGUGACGUGAGUGCUUGCGGAAGCAGAGCGUGGAAUGUUGGUACAUUGUUGUUGUUUUGUAGUUAAUUUAGUACGAGGAUACACCGCUGCCCGCCCGCUGGACGCUUUAUACCAACUGUGUCAAGUUACUUCGUCGCCUCUAUCGGAAACCUACUCCCGACACUUUUCACGCAUUCCGGUCCACAGAAUCCCGCGUCCACAGAGUGUGUCUUCUGUGAGAUUCUGGCCAGUUGUCUGCAUGCAGGGAAUGACGACUCAUUUUAAGACGAGCAAAGCUUUAAAGGUCAAGAAGGAGGUGGGCGAGAAUGCCCCAGCACUCAGCGACGACGAGCUGGUGGCCAUGUCCGUGCGGGAGCUCAACCAGCACCUGCGUGGGCUGACCAAGGAGGAUGUCGUGCGGUUGAAGCAGCGGCGACGGACCCUGAAGAACCGGGGCUACGCUGCCAGCUGCCGCAUUAAACGUGUCACCCAGAAGGAGGAGCUGGAGAGACAAAAGACAGAGCUGCAGCAGGAGGUGGACAAGCUGGCCCGCGAGAAUGCCAGCAUGAGGCUGGAGCUGGAUGCCCUGAGGGCCAAGUAUGAGGCCCUGCAGUGUUUUGCCCGGACUGUGACCCGCGGGCCCCUCUCGCCGGGCAAAGUGGCCACCACCAGCGUCAUCACCAUCGUCAAGUCGGCCAACCACAACAACUCCAGCCCAACCCCGUUCUCGGCUCCCUCCUAGUGGCAACAGGACUGGGCUCUCCGUCUCCUGCCUGGUCCUUCCCGGUUCCGACCCAGCCUGAACCCGCUCAUCCUGUACUGAGAGGACGCUCAGUAGUUAGACUGAGGGAUGGAAUGGGAUGGCAAGCUCUAUGUGAUGUUAUGCUGAAUUCACAACUCCGUCUCCCUCCUUCUGUCUCUUUUACACAAUCUACAUUGUCUGUGCACUGUGCAAAUCCCCCUCCCCAACCCCCAGCACCGGCAGGGUAAUGGGCCUCUGUGACCGUUCCUCCCUGACUGAUAGCAGAGAUUUGCUUUAACUCCAGUGUGAAAAAGUGUUUGACAUGCCUUAAUGUGGCAGCACUGGCCUUGGACAGCUCUGAUACUUAAUGCUAUUAAGCAUAAAACAGGAGAGAUUUAAGUAGUGCAUGAGACGGUAAAGCUAUUUGCAAAGCCUUUGCCAAAUCAUACUCUCUUUACGUAAAAGUGUCUCAAAGUAAAUUGAGCCUUUGAAGCUGUUGCCUUAAAAAAGAUCUAUGACUGAUCUAUAUAAAUUAUUAUUUCACAUGUAGUUUAACACAGAGAAGAUUUAUCGUUCCAGCUCUGAGGUCAGGUGGACACCUCUUCAUACCAGCAGUCUCCAAACACAUGCCUUUAAGAGCCAGCCAAACACAGCACCAGAUGUUUUCACUGAUACGUGCCUCUUCUCUUUUGAAAGGUGCUAAGCAGUAAAAUCACCUGUUGUAGAGUUUGGUUGGAGUGAAAACCUACAUGUGGUUCUCUAUGGUCCGUUUGGAGAGCUCUGUAUUAUGCAGUUGACAGCUGACUAAUGUUUAGCCAAUGGUCUCUGGUAGUGAUACAGCGUUGUUUUUACUUCUGUCUUGGUUAUGCAAGGUUUUGCUCGGUGGUCAGUCAUGGCAAAUAGUUUAUUUAGUAUUUAGGGGCUAAUUCUAGAAAACAGUCACUACUCUCCAGGAAAGGCAUUCAUACAAAUGCUGACUGCAAACUAAUCUUGCAGUUUUUAAGUUACAUUUUUCAUUUGUUUGAGAACUUUAAAACUCAAUCAUCAGGACAGAAUUUGUAUGUAAAUCUUUGCUGGAAUAUAUUGACUCCCCUUAUUGAAGAGGUUCUUUUGUGCCUUUUUGUCAACCUAUUGGCAACUGCCUAACACUUCUCACAUCUGAAGGUUGUCUGCAUCAGGUGGAUCAGAUUUCAAAGCACCGUAUCUGAUGCAUCUUAAAUUUGCUGUCAUAAUAGCUCAUCUACAAAAACGCUUGACUUGUGCUUGUAUUUUCGGUCGAGAAAUUGCUGAAUCUGUCAGUGGGGCUGAAAAGUGAAGACAUUGGAGGCUGUUGGGAAGGUGCUGCAUGUGAUUCUGUUGGUAUCUUUGUAGCCCUUUUGACUUGAGAAACCAUUCACAAUUUCUGCUUGUAAUAUUUUGAAAUGCACAAGUUGAAUUAUACUUGAUUUCGACAGAUUUGAAAUGCUGUUUGACUGGACAGGUUGACAUGGGAAGACUGAAAUGUAAAAAAGUAAUUAAGGAUAAUUUUGGGCCAGAUUUGUUUGGAUUCAGCAGAUUUGACACUGCCCAGUGUCAUUCAUUAUAUAGCACUUAUAAGGAAACUGUUAAGAUGCAGUAUAAAAUGAAACAAUUCACAGGGAAACAGAUUCUUAGAAUUAGAUGACGACAGAUAGAAGCUUGUAUUUCUGAAGUUACUGAGGCUUAAAGUGCAUGAUGAUUAAAUGUGGUGUGACCACUUGUUGCAAGGUCAAGCCUUGUGUAACUAUGGAUGGUAUACUCUCUAAUAUGUAUGCCACAGCACUUACUGGGUGAUGUUUUGCCUCUUUCUUUACAGUAUGCCACUCUUUGGUAGGUAAUCCAUAUUGGAUAUAGUGUAAUGAGAGCGGUCCUUACAAGUGAAAUGCAGUUCAACUUACUUCCUGUAUAUUACAGAUUACAGAAAUGAUAAAGCUCCCACUGCCUCCGUUGUUACUUUACAUUAAGAACUCCGUCCAAAUAGAAAUCAUUCCUACUGCUGGGUCACGAGAAGUGCUGCUGCCGGUGUUGGUAACUCUGAAACAGUAGCUAUUUACUUUGCUUUUGACACACUCUUCUGCAAGAGAACUCCUGACGCCCAUCUCUACAAACAGUGGUGUCAUGACAACUAAAUGCAGUAAACACCUUCCUCCUGUUGUACGUUUUGAGAUAUUUAAAUAUGAAAUUCACUUGAAAUCAAGCCGUUCUUACCGAGGAUCCAUUCCUAAUUUGGAGUGAAGUCAAUAGAGAUUGUUCAUGUCAGGAUUUUCUCUUGGCUAAGAGGACAUGACUGUUCUUCCCCUGUUCCAUAGCUGCAAAGAACAGUACGGGGAACUUUGCUGCUGUACAACCUGCUGUGAUUUUUAAAGCAGGGGCAUUGCUGUGUUCUUACUCUCAUUUUGUAUUUUCACUUGGUUUCUAUGUUGAUACAUCCUAUGUUCUCUUUCUGAUACUUAGUUUUAUAUGCAUAUACAGUAUAUAAAAAAUAUAUAUUACAUAUUUUUCUAUAUUUAUGUCUUUUCCUAUCCUGGGAGUGGUGUGAUUAUGUAAUCAUUCUUUGAAGUCUAAUUAUGUUGAUGCUGACCUUUUUUCUGAAAAAGUUGUAUUCACAUUUACAAUGAGAAAACUAUUCUCAUAACUUAAGUCUUCUUUGUGAGUAUUUAUACCCCAUGAAUAGUUCUUCUCAGCACAUUUACUAUUUGUCUAAUCCACAACACAGACGGACAGACGGUGACUAGGGUUACAUACAGGCUGCAGCUAAUUAUCUCAAGAAUUAAUUACAUUCUGACUGCUAGUUCACACUGUUGGUAAAGAGCACAUGCAUCCAUGAAAGGUUGUGAGUCAAACUAUCUAUGCAAAAGAAUUCAGUUAUUUUACAUCAUUUCUGGAUCAUUUAGCUGGAAAUUUCUGCCAGACAUCUACUUAGGCAGCACAGAUGUCAGUGAUCUCAAAUAUUGAAAAUGAUUUUACAUCCUUUAAAAGAAGAGCACAUUGGUCUGAUGUGAUCAGAUUUAAAAUGGCCUAAUAUUUACCAAAUGUUCAGUUCUCAUUUAGACCUUUUGGAUGUUAUUUGAAGAAGUAAUGGGAAUAUUCCAUUUAGAAAAAGAGAAAAUUUGCUCUUAAAACACAGAGUUAACCUGCAUGUAAACCUAGUCAGUGAUUGUGGACUCUAAGUUAGACUUGGUAUACUUUUCUAAAGAUGACAAUUGAUUUAAUCGACAGUUUCAAAUGAUGAUGAUGAUGGUAAUGCUUUUAUAAUCACUAAGAAACCUUACCUGAAAGUUGCGUCCAAAGCUGCUAAAGACUGUCCACCCAGACCUGUCAAGUUAAAGGUCACAGAGUCAGAGGAAUUUAUAGAAGUGCUUUACAUGUUUACGCAAGUCAUUUUUCAGCACAUUACCUUACAAAACUGCUCAAAGCAUUUUCUGAGAACGUUACAAUGACCGAAUGCUGUUAAAUGAGGCAUUGUUUAAUUUUUAGCACUUAUUACUGUAUUUGGAUCUGAGGUGAAUGCUUUUUAGCAGCACACCUUAAAAAUAAUACUCUAAAAAGUAUAUAUUUCUGUACUGUGCCAUGAUAGACAAACCUCAGUGUAGGUGAAUUAAGUACUCUGUGGUUGAUCGUACAUCCACUGUGACCCAGCAGAGGUCCAUUCAUGCUCUUAAACACAUGUUGCUCUUAGGUUAUCAAACUUGCCAGACACAAUACUUUGAGACAUUUUUUCCACUACAAUAAAAACAGAGCUGCAUAGAAAAUUCAAAUCAAUUUAGGGAGCAUUAUGCAGACAUUAAUAAAUAAUGGGUGAAAAGAGGCAUAAACAUUACCUACCGCGGAUGUUUACUUAAAGUGGUGUGAACAGCCUUCUUUCAUCCCACAGUUGAAGUGAAGCUCGUUAUACCCAGGAACUAUAAUAGAGCUGUUUAAGAUAUCAGUGGUUAUUUAACAUUUUUGUAUGAACCAUAACAAUGCAAUUUUGUGUACUGAAAUGAGGUUUUAUCUUGACUAGGUGUUCAAGGUUAUUAAAAUUUCUUCCUGAAAUCAUGUCUUUGAAUAAAUAAGCUUUCACAUGCAAGCUUUACCAGCCCUACAAGCUACAGUAUUUAACUUUAGCCAUGUAGAAAAGUCAGUUUUAGAAUUGUAGAUUGAAGAGAUUGUUUAAAUUCAGAAAAAGCUCCAUGAUAGUAGGAAUGGAGUAUGUGUAUGGAUUAAAUGGUUGUGGGUGAAAUAAUGGAUGAAAUACAUUGAAUGUUAGUUCAACAGCAGCAGUUUCUAUGUUAAGUUUGUACUCAAAAAAUAAAUGGAUUUCUUUGUUCUAGUCUCGUGGCAACAUAUUGAGGCUUAAUGAGUGACUGUAAACAAAGACAGUAAUAAGGCAGCAUAAACAGAGUAUGUACCCUUCACAGCUUGUCAUUAUUCUGCUCAUAUAUAUUUUAUAUUUAUUUCAUUGAUUUGUGUAAUUUUAUUAAAAAAAAAACACCUAAAUUAUUUUUUAUUUUACAUUCAUUUAUUUACAUGUUUUCUCAAUGAACUACCCUCAUGUACAAAUAAAAUCUGUAUUUGUUUCUGCUCUGAUUUAAAGUAUGGUAAAUUAUUCCUAUAAAUAGGUCUGCUGUGUCUGUUUUUGUACUUUCAAAUAAAGCUUUUUUCCCCUCA